AUGGACCACAAACCCUCCUGCCCUCCCCCCCCACCCCCCACCUUCCCCAAGGCUCAAGGCUGCUUGGCUCUGAAGCUUUUUAAAACUUAUGUGAAUGUUAACUUACCGCUUAAUGGGAUGUCAAGAAAUAAUUUGGAGGCAUCUACUUAUAAAAUGACAGAGCCGUUCAAUUUUGAGAAAAAUGAAAGCAAGCUUCCAUCACAUGGUUCUUUAAGAAGUCCUGGAGGACAGCCCAAUCACCCAAAUUUCAGGUUGAAAAGCCCAGAGAGCAGAAAUAAAAAUAACAAUUUUUUGCUUUGUGAGCAAACCAAACAGUAUUUGGCUAGUCAGGAAGAUAAUUCAUCGUCUUCAAACCCUAACAGCAUCAAUGGAGAUGUGGUUGGAUCCAAAGGAAGCAGGAAGACAUUGCCAACGGGAAACUCAGUGUCUCCAUUAAAUGUUGGAAAUAAUUCACCACCCAAAGAAGCAAAUAGUAAACCUAGCAAUAAUGUGUCUCCUGCAAAACCAAAAAAUAUACACAAGUUGGUUGAGAAUUCCUUGUCCAUAAAUAAUCCAGCACUCUUCAAAUCCUUAGGACCGCCUCUUCGAUCAACUACUUGCCAUCGCUGUGGCCUGUUUGGGUCGCAGAGGUGUUCACAGUGCAAGCAGACAUACUAUUGCUCCAUAGCAUGCCAGAGAAGAGACUGGUCCGCACACAGCAUUGUGUGCAAGCCUGUGCAGCAAAAUUUCCACAAACUUGAAGACAAUAAAUCAACUUAUGAAGUAAAGAACAUGGAAGUGAAAAAUGAGAGUGACUGUCCAUUUGAAGUUACUAAAGAAAUAGCCAUUUGUGCUGAAAAAAUAAUGUUUUCUGAUUUGAGAAGUCUACAACUCAGGAAAACCAUGGAAAUCAAGGGUACAGUUACUGAAUUCAAAGACCCAAGUGACUUUUAUGUGCAGUUAUAUUCUGCAGAAGUUUUAGGAUACAUGAACCAACUUUCUGCUAGCCUAAAGGAGGCGUAUGCAAAUACAGUGCAUGAGGAGGAUUACAUUCCCGUUAAAGGGGAAGUUUGUGUUGCCAAGUACACUGUUGACCAGGCCAUAAAGUGCUUUGUGGCUGAUGUUAUCCCAGCAGAGGGGAAUUGGAGCAAUGAUUGUAUCAAAACUAUUAAAUCACUGUUAAUGGAGCAGUUCUGCUCUGUAAAGAUUGUCAACAUCUUGGAAGAGGAAGUCGUUUCCUUUGCUGUGGAUGUUAGGCUACUAAGUUCAGGAAAACUCUUAGAUGAUGUGCUUGUAGAAAUGAGAUAUGGCUUGAUACCUAAGGGACAAAAUUCUAAGAAGCAAAGUGCAGUUCAAAGUGAGCCUGAAGAUGUUGGGAAAAUGACAGCUGAAAACAAAAUUGUUGUAGACAGAAGAGACUUAAUCCCAAAAGUGUUAACUUUGAAUGUAGGCGAUGAGUUCUGUGGUGUGGUUUCCCACAUUCAGACUCCAGAAGACUUUUUUUGUCAAAAACUACAAAGUGGACAUAAGCUCGCUGAAUUGCAGGCAUCCCUUAAUGAGUACUGUGGUCAAGUGUCUCCACGCUCAGAUUUUUACCCAACCAUUGGUGACAUCUGCUGUGCUCAGUUCUCGGAGGAUGACCAGUGGUACCGUGCCUCCGUCUUGGCUUACGCCUCUGAAGACUCUGUGCUCGUCGGAUAUGUAGAUUACGGAAACUUUGAAAUUCUGAAUUUGAAAAGACUGUGCCCCAUAACUCUGAAGUUGUUGGAAUUGCCAAUGCAAGCAAUAAAGUGUGUGCUGGCAGGAGUAAAGCCAUCUUUAGGAAUUUGGACUCCCGAAGCUAUUUGUCUAAUGAAAAAAACUGUGCAGAACACAAUGAUCACGGUGAAAGUGGUGGACAAGUUGGAGAACAGUUCCGUGGUGGAGCUUUUAGAUAAAUCCAUGACACCUCACAUCAGUGUUACUGAAGUCCUCACAGAUGCAGGCUUUACUGCCCGGGAGAAGGGGAUAGUGAUAGAGAAGCUCAGUGACAUGAAAGAAGCCAGUGCUCCCUUGGGUGUAGAAGCAAAACUAAAUCCAUUGGCAUGGACAUGGGUUGCCCUUACUGUUGACCAAACAGUAGAUAUUGUGGUCUGUUUGAUACAUAAUCCUGGAGAAUUUUACUGUCAUGUGUUUAAAGAGGAGGCUAUAAAGAAACUCAAUGAUUUGAACAAAUCACUAGCAGAACUUUGCCAGCAGAAGUUGCCUAAUGACUUUAAGGCAGAAAUAGGGCAACCUUGUUGUGCUUUUUUCUCAGGUGAUGGCCAUUGGUAUCGUGCUUUAGUCAAGGAAAUUGUACCAAAUGGAAACAUUAAAGUACAUUUUGUGGAUUAUGGAAACAUUGAAGAAGUUACUGCAGAUCAACUCCAGAUGAUCCCCUCUGAAUUUUUAACCCUGCCAUUUCAAGGGAUAAGGUGUUGGUUAGUAGAUGUACAGCCUAGAAACAAACACUGGAGUAAGGAAGCCAUAGCAAAAUUUCAGAUGUGCGUUGCAGGGAUAAAACUCCAAGCCCGAGUGGUUGAAAUCUCUGAAAAUGGAGUGGGACUUGAGCUCACCGAUCUCUCCACUUGUUAUCCCAGAAUAAUUAGUGAUAUUCUCAUUGACGAGCAACUGGUUGCAAAAGCCAGUUCACCACAAAAAGACUGUACAGCACACAGGCCUGUCAAUAAACGUGACCUUCAGAUUGAAACCCCAGGGCAGCAAGCUGUCUCUUUAGCUCAGCAGUGGAGGACAAUAGAACUGCCAGUUGAUAAAACUGUACAAGCCAGCAUAUUAGAAAUCAUUAACCCAAACUUAUUUUAUGCUCUGCCAAAUGACAUGCCAGGAGAUCCAGAAAAACUGUAUAUAUUGACAACUGAAUUGUUAGUAUAUUGCACUGCUCAGAUGAGGCCAUCAUCCUAUAUACCAAGAGCUGGAGAUGCGUGCUGUGCCCAAUACACAAGUGAUGAUCUCUGGUACCGUGCUGUUGUUCUGGGGACGUCGGAGGCCGAGGUGAGGGUGAUCUAUGCGGACUACGGAAACGUGGAAACGCUGCCUCUCUGCAGAGUGCUGCCCAUCUCCGCCAGCCACUUGGAGCUUCCUUUCCAAAUUAUCAGGUGUUCGUUCGAAGAAAAGGUGAACAGGACGAGUUGCUGCUGCUCAGAAUUACAGAAACAAGUUGAAAAACAUGAACAGAUUCUUCUCUUCCUCUUAAACAAUCCAACCAAUCAAAAUAAAUUUAUUGAAAUGAAAAAGUUGUUAAGAAGUUAAGUAAGUAAAACUUGCUGUUUUUGCCACCUCUGUAACCAGCAGCCGGAGGCCUGCAGUCCUGUUCUCAGGGCAGAGCUGCUGGAGUGAAAGCUCACUGCGAGGCUGUACUUAUUUUGUGAGCUAACGAUCCGAGGCCUGGCUGUAAUGUUUUGGCUGUUUUCCUAAGUUUUAUUGGGUAAUCUUCCUUUGACACUGCCAGUGGAACUGAGCCCAGGGGUAUGUGUUCAGGUUGCAGCAAACUUUCCAAUUGUUGUUUGAUUUUGGGGAGUGUUCGUAUUGAUAUGUGGAGGGACUCAUAAUAAUUGCUGUGAUGUAAAGCAUAGCCCGAAAUACUUUGUGUCUAGAUGUGAGAUCAACUCUCACUUGUGUGCAUUGUUAUAACAGUGUUCAGCUUUU